AUGUCACUCCCCCAAAAAACCAAUAUCCUCGUGAUAGGCAGCGGCAACGCCGGCCUCAGCGCCGCCCUCUCAGCCAUACAAACAAACCCAGCCCUAAAAGUAACCGUAAUCGACAAAAGCCCCGUCUCCUGGGCAGGAGGCAACACCUACUUCACAGCCGGCGCCUUCCGCACCACCCACAACGGCCUCGACGACCUCCUCCCAUUAGUCAACAACACCGACGCAACCCAAGCAUCCCGCAUCGACAUCCCAGUCUACACAGAACAAGACUUCACCACAGACCUACAGCGCAUGACAGGAAACCGCACCAACCCCGCUCUAUCAACAGCUCUAGUGCGCGACUCCCGCGCCGCCAUAGGCUGGCUAGCAGCCAACGGAAUCCGCUUCCAGCUCUCCUUCAACCGCCAGGCAUACGAAGUUAACAACCGAAUCAAGUUCUGGGGCGGACUCGCGCUGAAAACCCAAGAUGGCGGGAAAGGUCUUAUUGAAGACGAACUACGCGCCGUUAGGAAUGCCGGCGUGGAUGUGUUCUUCGAUACAGCUGCCACGGCGCUAGUAGCUGACCCGACCAGCGGGGCUGUUACUGGCGUUGAAGUCGUCAACUGCGGUUCUGGCACGCGCAGCAAGACGACUAUCGCUGCAGACGCGGUGAUUCUCGCUGCUGGAGGAUUCGAGGCAAAUCCGCAGCUUCGUGCGCAGUGGCUUGGUCCUGGGUGGGAUAGUGCGCGUGUGCGCGGAACACCGUAUAAUACCGGUGAGAUGUUGCAGAUUGCGCAGCGGGAUGUGGCUGCUAAGGCGGCCGGGAAUUGGAGUGGAUGUCAUUGUGUGGCGUGGGAUGCGGAUGCGCCGAUGGAGUCGGGGAGUCGGGUGGUUUCAAAUGAGUUUACGAAGAGCGGGUAUCCGCUGGGGAUUAUGGUUAAUCGGGAUGGGGAGCGGUUUGUCGAUGAAGGGUUUGAUAUGAGGAAUUAUACUUAUGCGAUGAUUGGGCGACGGGUGCUUCAGCAGCCUGGACAGGUUGCGUUCCAGGUUUGGGAUGGGCGGACUGUGGGCUGGUUGCGUGAGGAGGAGUAUCGGGGUGAGGUUGUUCGGCGGAUUGAGGGUGAGUCGUUGGAGGAGCUUGCGGUGAAGUGUGCGGAGGUUGGACUUGUUGAUCCUGGGCGUUUUGUGGAGAGUGUUAGGGAGUAUAAUGCUUCUGUUGACGAUGAUGGGCAGAAGAGAUGGGAUCCUGCUGUCAAGGAUGGACUUGCUACGAAGGGACUGGCUGUCCCUAAGUCGAAUUGGGCAUUGCCCAUUGACAAGCCGCCUUUCCUAGCUAUCAAGGUCACGGCGGGCAUCACGUUCACUUUUGGUGGACUAGCUGUGAAUCCUGAAACUGCGGCGGUCAUUUCGGAGACGACGAAUGAUGAGAUUCCUGGAUUGUACUGUGUGGGUGAGAUGAUUGGAGGUAUCUUCUAUGAUAACUAUCCUGGUGGAAGUGGUUUGACUUCUGGGACUGUCUUUGGGCGUCGUGCUGGUCGAGCAGCAGCGGAGCAAGCUGGGAAGAGCGGAAGACUAGGACGGUUAUGA